AUGCCUGGAGACAGAGAGGAUGAGAUUUGUCGAAAGGCACUGGAACUGCUCUCCGAUCUCUGUUCUAAGGGGGAAGUGCAGAAUGACAACUGUUUGGAUUUCAUAUACUAUUUUCGAGAUCUCGCCAGACCGAGGUAUUCGGACUCAGAUGUGUCUGUGAGCCUGCUGUCUCUGGUUGUGACCACAUGUGGCUUGGCGUUGUUUGGCGUCUCUCUCUUCGUGUCGUGGAAGCUCUGCUGGGUGCCAUGGCGAGAGAGGGGCCUGCCAGACGGACUGAAGGACAGCCAGGAUGAGCAGCAGCCUGUGCUGACCGAGGUGGAUGGCCUGGAACGGAAAGACAGUGAGGACUGCCUGAAAGACCAUUCCACUCCCACCCUGGUGCCAGAGUCGGCCAUGAAGAUCAGCCACACGUCUCCGGACAUCCAGCUGGAGGUCCAGAACAAGGCCAAGGAGAACUGUAUACACAUUGCCCGUGUGCAACGACAAAUCACUGAACCCACCUCGUCAGUUAGACAUAACUCAAUCAGGAGACAGAUGAACCUCUCCAACCCAGACUUCAGCGUGGCUCAGAUCCAGAAGCAGGAGUCCUUAUCAGGCCUGGGCAGGAUCAAACCCGAGCUCUAUAAACAGCGUUCUGUGGACACAGACGACGGCAGGAGGGCAGACAGCUGCGGUCGACUGCAUUUCAUCCUCAAGUAUGACUUGGAUUUGGAGCAGCUUAUCAUUAAAAUCCACAGGGCCGAGGAUCUGCCUGCGAAGGACUUCUCAGGGACUUCUGACCCCUACGUGAAAAUAUACUUACUCCCCGACCGGAAGACCAAACACCAGACUAAAGUGCACCGCAAGACUUUGAACCCCGUUUUCGACGAGGUCUUCCUGUUUCCCGUGGCAUACACAGACAUGUCCAUGCGCAAGCUCCACUUCAGUGUCUAUGACUUUGACCGCUUCUCCCGCCACGAUCUCAUUGGCCAAGUGGUCGUGGACAACUUCCUGGACUUACCUGACUUCCCCAGGGAGACGAGGCUGUGCCGAGACAUACUCUAUGUUACUGCGGAUAAUGUGGACUUGGGCGACCUCAUGUUCUCCUUGUGUUACCUCCCCACCGCUGGUCGGCUCACCAUCACAAUCAUUAAAGCCAGAAAUCUGAAAGCCAUGGACAUCACAGGAGCCUCCGACCCUUACGUCAAAGUUUCCCUCAUGUGCAAUGGCAGAAGGUUGAAAAAGAGGAAAACGUCCACCAAACGUAACACCCUGAACCCGGUCUACAACGAAGCCAUAGUUUUCGAUGUCCCUCCUGAGAACAUUGACCAGAUCAGCCUUUUAAUAGCUGUUAUGGACUACGACCGUGUAGGCCAUAAUGAGAUCAUUGGCGUGUGUCGGGUGGGUAACACAGCGGAGAGCCUGGGACGGGACCACUGGAACGAGAUGCUGACAUACCCACGCAAGCCCAUUGCCCACUGGCACCCACUCAUAGAGGUAAAAUCCUGUUAUGUUGUGGUGAAGUGUAUGAAAUGGGCGGGCCAGGGGACUACAGGUGGCAGUCAAGGGGGUUCCUGCAACUCACUGAAGACACCCCCGUCACCGUGA